AGCGGUAUUGGUAUAGGUCCCUUUUCACUUACUACGAUUCACUAAGUAUAUUUCGUUAUUCCGAUAAUCUCUUUAGAACGGGCGCUUCGGCCGCUCCAAUCAGCCUACCCCUUGGCUCUGCACAGCAACCUAUGGACUUGCUGUACUUUCCACAUUCCAUGUCAUAUAAAUGGGGCUCUCAACCUGCCCAUCCAAUCUUUCUUGACAUCAUCCACCCAUGACUGACACGCCUUCAUACGACAGUUUCUCCAGCGUUUUCAAUCCAGAAAAUGAAGUGUGGGGCUUCGAGGAACAGCAGCGACAACAAAUGUCAAGGGUUUCCUACUCUCUUACUCCUCAAAUGAGUCAAAUGGAUACGUAUGACUAUGCGGGUCACGUUGAAUUCCCUGGCCAGUUUGGAUUCAGUGUACCGUUCUCACCCCUUCAGGGCGCUACUAGGAAUGGGCUUCCUCCCAUCGAUACGAAAGCUCUUGGUCUGCCACGGUUAUCGAUAGUAUCUGAUUCUUCUUCAACGACUUCAGCAGGGUCGAUGAUGCCGCCAACACCCUCUUACUCUUGGGUACCAGAUGGUCACCUUCGCGUCCUCGCAGCUCCUGGAACACCAUUAUCUCCAUCAAAUAUUCAAUAUCCUAUAUUCUCACCCUCAGUAUGUCUCGAUGAAUCAAUUACACUAAUCAUUUACAAUCGAUGUGUCAGAAUCCGAAGGGCCUGUCCCCUAUCCCUUCCCCGAUGUCGCCCAAUUCGCCCGCUGCUAUGGGUAGUUCUGAUGAGGGAUCUUUGUUGCAGGCUUUCGACGACGACGAGGAAGAUGCUCCCCAACCAAUGGAACAUGUCGUAAAAUGGAAGGCCAUUCGUGAUCAAGCGAUUGUCGUCACAGGCACUACCGUCUACAUCCCUCAGAUAAUCUAUCAACCAUACACAGAGGCGGAUCGCGUC